UAAGAAUGUCAGUUCGGUGCAGAACAUGCGGUGAGCGCAUUUAUAAUUUAAAUGCGAAAAACCUAUUCAGCGAGGCGAACAAUGGGAUUCUUAUAAAGAUUGAAGCACUUACUGGGAUAUGGUUGACGGAUGAGUUAAACAUGCCAGACCACAUUUGCGCCUACUGUUUAUUAGAUUUAAAUCACGCUAUAACAUUCCGAGAGCGUUGCAUUAAAACCCAUGAGCUCCUGUUGAGUGGAAAACACAAUGUCUUUGAUGAUGACAAUGACAAGGAGUUACCAUCGCCAGCAACAGAUGAGAUGGAUCCGCUGAAUAGUGGAGAGCCUGACGUAGAUGCGAAAGACGAAAUCACCGAUCAGAAGGUCGAUCUAAAAGACUUUGUGGAUUUUUCUGCAUUCAAAGAUUAUGAAACACAAAACGUCAGCUCUCCGGAGUUUGAACACAAAUAUGAGGAAUGCUCCAGUCGUAGCAGCAGUCUAAAAUCUCAAGUUCUGAAAGAGAUUGAUGAUUUCGCAAGAUCUUCUUCGAGCUCUCUUAUAAAAUCACCGCCCACACCAAAAGCCCAAAAUCCCCGACCCUCAGUUCAAUCUAAUAACAAAACCGAAGUACCAGUCAAGAAAAGAAAGUACAUAAAGUGGGUGUCGCUUAAUGAGGCUGAGAUGAUAGAAAUGAAACGCAAGAUGCGCCAGCGGAACUAUGUUUGUGAUCAAUGUGGCAGAAAUUUCAACGAUAAAGCCAACCUAAAAAUACAUUUGAUUCGCCACACGGGGGUUAAAGCAUUUGAAUGUAAGGAGUGCGGUCAAAAGGAGUAUACAGCGCAUCUAUUAAAAACACAUAUACGUGUGCGACAUAAGGGGGAGUUACCCUACGCCUGCAAGUAUUGCGGUGAGCGCUUCGGGUCAAGCACUAGCCGCUGUCGGCAUGAAAGGCGGACACAUAUUCAAGAAACUUCAUUAACGACCAGUAAAAAUAAAUAUAUAUGUAGGUUUUGUGCCAAGGGAUUCAAAACCAAAGCCUGUUUAAAAAACCACGAGCUGAUACACACAGGCGAACGCCCAUUUCGCUGCGACUUUUGCGAUGUUAAUUUUCAGCGAAGAACCCAUCUGACUGCGCAUUUUCGAUCGAAAUUUCAUCAAAAAAAGGCUAGCCAACCGCAGCAGAACAGUACCCAGGGAGCCACGGAUGAAGAUAUUGAAUUUCAUUUUAAUGAGACGAUUGCUGAAGAAUUUGAUUGAAAACCAAAUCAAGAUAUUGCAUUUUUGCAGAAAAUUGCACAAUAAGGAAAUUAAAUUCUUGGUUUUACUAUUUAA